GAUUAAUGACAGGAAUCGGGAGAUAUUCUGAAAUGACUUAUUGUUUUGAUUUGUUUAAAGAGAACAACGAAUUUGAACUUCUUCUCAGCAAACGUAUAGAAAAGGCGCCUCAAUUGAGAAUAGCAUUACUCGACUACUUGAAGGGUGACAAAGAGGUCUUCCCGUUAGUGGCCCUUCGCUUCUGUCUUUACAGAGAAAUCGCUGAAAAUCACGAAAAGAGACGUUUUGUUGUCAAAUUACUAAACUUUAUGUUCAACUGGUGUUUAGACUACUCGGCAGACUCUUGUGGCAAAUUAGCCCAACUUAUUGCCCUUCAGAUCCAUUAUUUACCACAAAAUACACUUCUUAUUAACAUGAAUAGCACUCAAAUAGAAGCGUUUAUUGAGAACAAGAACAUCAACUUCUUUGAGGCGCUAAUCAUUGCAGACGCCUAUCAAUACAACACGAGUUGGGUUAACGCGGUCUUCAAUCACGUGAUUCUAAACAAUGAUUGGAACUAUUGGUCCGAUUAUAUCACACGAAGAGAUAUCAGCACUUCUUUUAUCGAAGAAUUAGUCCACAAAUACAUUCAAUUCAUUUCCAACCAAAACGUAUCCAAUGAGAGAGUGAUUCAAACGAAGAAAUGCAUUCAAAAACUUAUUCAAUACAUCUCUGACUUCGAAAUGCGGUUCCGGAUGGCGUCUAAACUGAGUCUUACAGAAGUCAACCAUCAAAUGAUUAACGAAGAAAGUGGCGCUUAUUUACAAGACUUGCGUCGAAACGGACUCUUAUGAACACAAAUAGAUUUGCUUUUUGUUUAAAACAUUUU